AUGGCUGACGGAUUCGACGAGACGGCCGCGGCCGCGGUUGAAGACAGGGCACAGCAGGGUCGCAGGGGAGGACGUAAGGGCGGCCGUGGAGGAGGCGGCGGCGGACAGAACAGAGAGGUCCUCGUGUCCAAGGCCCUUUCCAAGCUCCUGCGGCACCAGGCGGAGAACGCGGGUAUCAAGCUCGAGGAGGGCGGCUGGGCUCCCUUGGACAAGGUGCUCGCGUACGGCCCCGUCAAGUCGUUAAAGGUCACGUUCGAGGACAUCAAGGCGGCGGUCUCGACGUCGGACAAGCAGCGCUUCGCGCUCAAGCCGAACGAGGCGACGAACCCGGCGCUGGACGAGGGCUCGACGGACCCGGCGCACUGGCUUAUCCGCGCGAACCAGGGGCACAGCAUCAAGCUUGACUCGGCGGCGCUGCUGACGCCCAUCACGGCGGAGAGCGGCAACGUUCCCGAGGUGGUUGUGCACGGGACGUAUUUCGCGUUCUGGCGGCAGAUUGAGGAGUCGGGCGGGCUGCGGCGGAUGGGGCGGAACCACGUGCACUUCGCGACGGGCCUGCCGACGGACGAGAAGGGGGUGGUGUCGGGGAUGAGACGGGACGCGGAGGUGCUUGUGUGGUUCAACUCGUUGUGA